UUUAACUUUUGCAAUCUCAAAUCUUGAAUUUCUCGUUUAACACCUAGAGACGCAACUGUGAGGGAGGUUCGUUUUCUUCGCAGUGAAAGUGCCAGGAUCUUUCCUCGUGGACCACAAUUGAAAGUUCAAAUGUGUGGUACACGUUUUGGGCGGUUGAGAAAACAUAGAAACAAACGAGAAAUUUAGCCUUUGCCAGAAGGAAACGAAUUUCUGAAACAUAGAAGACCAUGUUUUUCAAGGUUGUAACAGUGGUGUUUGUGCUGGCAACAACAGUGGCUGGUGAAGAUUCCGUGAGUUUCUCCUAUAAUGGGUUCCGGUCAUCACCUCAUUUGUAUCUUGACGGCGGUGCUGAGUUGACCUCCGGUGGCAUGCUUAAACUCACCAACUACACCAGGCAACAAAAGGGUCAUGCUUUCUUCCCAAGUCCAAUAGACUUCAAGAACACCUCAAAUGGAAGUGCAUCUUCUUUCUCCACCUCCUUUGUGUUUGCCAUAAGUUCUGAGUAUCCGAAUUUGAGUGGUCAUGGGAUUGUUUUUGUGGUCUCUCCAACAAAAGGGCUUCCAAAUUCUCUGCCAAGCCAGUACCUUGGCCUGUUUGAUAACAUCAAUAAUGGCAACACCAGCAACCAUGUUUUUGGGGUGGAGCUUGAUACCAUUCAGAACACUGAAUUUGGUGAUAUCAAUGACAACCAUGUUGGAAUUGAUGUCAACGAAUUGAAGUCGGUUAAGUCAGCCCCUGCAGGAUAUUACAGUGUCGGGGAGGUUAAGAAUUUGAGUCUGAUCAGUGGCUACCCAAUGCAGUUAUGGGUGGAAUAUGAUGGCCUAAAGAAGCAGAUUGAUGUUACUUUAGCUCCAAUAAACAUCGGCAAACCAGAAAGGCCUUUGUUAUCUUUAAGCAAAGAUCUUUCUCCAAUUCUUAACAAUGGCAUGUACGUUGGAUUCUCAUCCUCAACUGGGUCAAUUCGAAGUUAUCAUUAUAUUUUGGGUUGGAGCUUCAAGGUGAAUGGCCAGGCUCAACAACUUGCCAUCUCUGAACUCCCCACACUACCUAGACGAGGCAGUAAAAAACAGUCUAAGGUUCUUAUUAUUGUUUUGCCAAUCAUCAUAUCACUCAGUUUGGUCAUCGUGGGGGUGACUGUUGCAGUUGUUCAUGUCAUGAAAAGGAAGAAGUUCACGGAGCUGCUUGAAGAUUGGGAGCAAGACUAUGGUCCUCAUAGGUUCAAGUACAAAGAUCUUAGCCUGGCAACAAAGGGGUUCAGGGAGAAGGAGCUAUUGGGAAGCGGUGGAUUUGGCAGAGUGUACAAAGGUGUGAUGCCAAUUUCAAAACUUGAGGUUGCAGUGAAGAAGGUGUCUCAUGAAUCAAGACAAGGGAUGAGAGAAUUUGUGGCAGAAAUUGUUAGCAUUGGGCGUCUAAGGCACAGGAAUUUGGUUCCCCUUCUGGGGUACUGCAGGCGCAAAGGAGAGUUGCUAUUGGUCUAUGACUACAUGCCAAAUGGAAGCCUUGACAAGUAUCUCUAUAACAAACCAAGAGUGACCCUAAAUUGGAGCCAGAGAUUUAGAAUCACCAAAGGGGUUGCUUCAGGUCUGCUUUAUCUACACGAGGAAUGGGAGCAAGUUGUGGUCCACAGAGACAUUAAGGCUAGUAAUGUGCUACUUGAUGCCCAAUUGAAUGGUAGAUUAGGGGACUUUGGUCUUUCAAGAUUGUAUGAGCAUGGAAGUGACCCUCACACUACUCACGUGGUUGGAACACUUGGGUACCUAGCACCAGAGCACACUAGAACAGGUAAGGCCACUACAAACUCUGAUGUGUUUGCUUUUGGUGCAUUUAUGCUAGAGGUUGUUUGCGGAAGAAGGCCAAUAGAGCAAGUGGGGUGUUCUGGGAGUGAAAUUCUGGUUGAUUGGGUGUAUAAUUGUUGGAAAAGAGGUGAGAUUCUUGAGGCAAGGGAUCCAAAUUUGGGCACAAAUUAUAAGGCAGAGGAGGUGGAGUUGGUGCUGAAACUAGCUUUGUUGUGCUCGCAUUCAGAUCCUUCAGCUAGACCAAGCAUGCGCCAAGUUGUUCAGUACUUGGAGAAGGAUGUGCCUCUGCCAGACUUGUCUUUGCUUAGCUUAUCUUCCACCGGCUUAAGAUUUGGUCUGCAUGAAGACUUUCAGGAUUGUCCAAUGUCUUAUCCUUCGUCCAUGGAUAGGCCAAUCUCUCGCACUUCUUCAGUUGCUGAAUCACUUCUCUCUGGUGGACGUUGAUUUUAGAAAAAAAGACACAUGAAAUCUUUGUUCUAUUUCAUUGUAUUUCAUUUCAUCGAAUUCUUAAUAUUUGUUAUUUGAUUUUGUAUCAUAUUCUUAUGUGAAAUCAGUUUUCUAAAAUAGAGAAGAACAU